GCUGCUUAUGAGAAUGUUUCAAGGUGUAGUAUCAUGUUAAGUGACGGUGACUUGCUCUAAGCAGAAGGUGAAAAUAGUGGAGUCCCCCUGCACGAGUGCAACGGGCGCUAAUUCGACUCAUGUUGGCUCAUUCGCCAGUUUCGGGUGACACCAAGAUGGAUAUAUAUUGAGGUACAAAGUGCCCGCGUGACGUUCGAGGUUGUUUGUUGUAGCCGCACUUGACUUGAUUUUCUCGACAUCAGGACCUAGAAGUUCCUUCCUUCCUAUCAACACAGUCAGCUGACGACUACUUCCACUUCGCUUUCAAGCCGCUUCUGGCCGCUUGAGCUUCUAGUCUGCUUCUAAUCUGCUUCUACAGAUACGACUUCUUCCGACAUCCCUGUGUCACUCUUCUGAACUUCUCACGACAAGAGCAACUCGACAUGGCUGAAUCUAACGAGAAACGCCCUCACUUCAAGCCUGGUGAGGUCAUCAUUUCGCCGGUAACUGAGGCGGAUCUGAUCUCCCUCUCCGAAGGCUACUACGCCUCCUUCGGGGACGCCUGGUUCGACAAGAUCGAACCCGUCUCCAUCCGCCCCUCCCCCAGCACCCAAGCCUUCCGCUUCGCCGAGCGCAUGAAGCCCUGGCUGCGCGAGCCGCACACCCGCUGGACCAAAGCGACGCUCGCCCCCACUGCCCCGGGCUACGACCCCGCCCACCCCGACCGCGUGAUCGGGCACGCCGGCUGGCUGGGCCCCGCGCGCACGGCGAUUGAGACGCUGAACUUCUGGCGCAAGGACGCCACCGACGUGCUGGGGUGGCGCGAGAAGAUGGGGUGGACGAAAGAGUAUGAGGAGGAGCUGUGGAGCGGGACGGAUGUGGAGGUCUAUACGGGGAUUUUCCUGAAGUGGGAUCCGGUGAGGGGCGCGAAGAUGGAGGGGAAGGGGGGGUAUUGGCAUCUUGCGCCGCUCUGGGUUGUUCCCGAGUUCCAGGGCCGUGGGGUUGCGAGCUUGUUGAUGAAGGAUGUGACGGAUAUUGCGGAUUCGCAGACGCCGUCGACGCCGAUGUAUUUGGAGGCGAUGGAGGCGGCGAUGCCGAUUUAUCGGCAUUUUGGGUAUGAGGAUGUGGAGGGCGAGGGAGCGGGGUUUGUGAUGAUUCGGUAUGGACCGCCGAAGGAGGAGGGCACGGGAGAGAAGGAGGGUGCAGAGGAGAAGGAGGCGGAAUAGAGAAGAGUAAGGUGACUGUGGAGAGCGGGUAGUGGAGGUGGUGUGAGAAUGAUAUGAAUGCGAGCAGAAGUGAGAUUGAUUGAGAGAUGGUUUGGUGGUAUAUCUUGAUCUUUCGAUGGCUGGGAAGGGGUUUACGACAUAAUAGCUGAGAGCUCGAGGAUGGAGAUCCCUGCUCAGGU